AUGUCGCAAAAGCAAUACGAUCUGGUCGUCUUCGGCGCUACCGGCUACACCGGUAAGCUGGUAUGCAAGUACCUCCUCUCGCACCCAGAGAAGCGCUCCUGGGCCGUGGCCGGUCGCUCCGCCUCGCGCCUCUCCUCACUCAAGUCCGACCUCGGCCUUCCCUCGUCGGUCGGCGUAAUUGAGGCGGAGACGUCCAAGUAUGCAUCCCUCACCGCCAUGACCGCGCAGGCCAAGGUGCUCAUCAACAUCGUCGGCCCCUACCGACCCUUCAAGGCCUCGGAAGUGGUGCGGGCCUGUGUCGAGACGGGCACGCACUAUGUGGAUCUCUCUGGCGAAACGGGCUUCAACAAGGACAUCAUCGACGAGUUCCACCUCGCCGCCCAGGCCAAGGGCGUCACCGUUUCCAGCAGUGUGGGCUUCGACAGUCUGCCGUUUGACCUGACCACGUACCUCGCCGCUCAGAAGGUCAAGCAGCUCACGGGCGGCAAGAGCGACGUGAAGCUCGCCGAGUGCGCCUACGACCUCCCUGAGUCUCUGUCCGCAGGCACCCUCGCCAGCGCCAUCGCAAUGGCCAGCGAGAAGGAGCAGAUGUUCAGCGUCCGUGGCGACUGGCUCAGCCCCAUCGCCAAACCCGACGCGCUCAGCUUCAACACCGUCCGCUGGUUCCCCCAACGUCAACGCUGGGGUGCUCAAAACACCUUUUCGAUUCACAACACCCGCAUGGUCAACCGCACCUGGGGUCUCCUGGAACACCACCACUCCCCCCAAUCCUACGGCAAGGCCUUCCUCUACAAAGAGGGCACCAUCGUCCCCUUCAAGCUCGCAGGCAUCUUGCUCAGCUACAUGAACGCCAUUUCGAUUUGGUUCCUCAUGAACUUUGCCCUGGUUCGAUCGCUCGCGGCCAAGAGCAUGCCCGCCAACUCAGGGCCGAGCGAGAAGAGUCUCGUCAACAACAGGAUGAAGGUCGAGACCGUCGCCACGGCGAACGAUGGUACCAAGGCGAUCUGCAGGAUGAAGGCCAAGGGUCACGCGGGAUACUUGCUCACCGCGAGGAUGAUCGUCGAGACCGCACUGACGAUUAUUGAUGACAAGGGAAGGAAGCAGAACCCGUUCGAGAAGGCUGGUGUGCAGGGUGGUGUGCUGACCCCCGCACUGGUGGGCGCGGAGAGAUUGGCGGAGAGGCUCGUCGAGUUCAGCCAGUUCGAGAUCACAACGGAGAAGUUUGACGAGAACGAGGUCAAGAAGACCAAGUGA